AUGGCCACCUGCUGGCAGGUCCUAUGGGCCUAUCGUUCCUACUUGAUUGCGCUAUGUCUGCCCAUUUUCCUGUUGCCUCUGCCAAUCAUUGUCCGAACUAAGGAAGCCUACUGCGGUUACACCAUUAUUCUCAUGGCACUGAUGUGGUGUACCGAGUCCCUGCCCCUGGCUGUCACUGGCCUGUUUCCCAUCGUCCUCUUCCCCCUGAUGGGUAUAAUGGAUGCCUCUGAGGUCGGCAUAGAGUACUUCAAUGACACCAACAUACUGUUCACCGGGGGGAUGAUGGUGGCCAUGGCUGUGGAACACUGGAAACUGCACAAGCGCAUUGCCCUCCGUGUGCUCCUCCUCAUCGGAGUGCGGCCUGCCCUGUUGCUUCUGGGCUUCAUGUUGGUCACAGCCUUCCUCUCCAUGUGGAUUAGCAACACAGCCACCACAGCCAUGAUGGUGCCCAUUGGGCAUGCGGUCCUGGAGCAGCUUCAGGGCUCACGAAAGGACGUGGAGCAAGGCAGCGAUAACCCUGCCUUUGAGCUCCAAGAAGCAAGUCCCCAGAAGGAGGCUACCAAACUCGAUAAUGGACAGGCUGUCUCAGCCUCUUCAGAGCCCAGCACACAGAAGACUCAGGAGCAUAGCCGCUUCCACAAGGGCCUGAGUCUGUGCAUUUGCUACUCGGCCAGCAUCGGGGGCAUCGCCACUUUGACAGGCACUACCCCCAACCUGGUGCUCCAAGGCCAGAUGAACUCGCUCUUCCCCCAAAAUGGCAACGUGAUAAACUUUGCUUCCUGGUUUGGUUUUGCCUUCCCCACCAUGAUCAUCUUGCUGAUGUUGGCUUGGAUAUGGCUGCAGAUCCUCUUCCUGGGUUUCAACUUCCGGAAGAACUUUGGCUUUGGGGAAGGGGAAGAAGAACAAAAGCAGGCAGCCUUCCAGGUCAUCAAGAACCAGCACACGCUGCUUGGCCCCAUGAAUUUUGCAGAAAAGACUGUCACCGUCCUCUUUAUUUUCCUGGUGGUACUCUGGUUCACCAGAGAGCCAGGCUUCUUCCCAGGCUGGGGUGACACGCUUUUUGCCAAUGAAAAUGGCCAAAGCUUUGCAUCAGAUGGAACAGUGGCCAUCUUCAUCGGCCUCAUUAUGUUCUUCAUCCCCUCCAAGAUCCCAGGACUGACCCAGAACCCAAACAAACCAGGGAAGCUGAAGGCUCCUCCUGCCAUCCUCACCUGGAAGACAAUGAACGAUAAGAUGCCUUGGAAUAUCCUGAUCUUGCUGGGUGGGGGCUUUGCCCUGGCCAAAGGCAGUGAGCAAUCAGGUUUGUCUGCGUGGCUGGGAGAAAAGCUGACCCCGCUGGAGCACAUGCCGCCAGCAGCCACGGCCUUCAUCCUCUGCCUAUUGAUUGCCAUCUUCACCGAGUGCACCAGUAAUGUGGCUACCACUACGCUCUUCCUGCCCAUCCUGGCCUCCAUGGCACAGGCCAUCUGCCUUCACCCCCUCUAUGUCAUGCUCCCCUGCACCCUGGCUUCCUCCUUGGCUUUCAUGCUACCUGUGGCCACUCCGCCCAACGCCAUUGCCUUCUCCUUCGGAGGCCUCAAAGUGUCGGAUAUGGCCCGGGCCGGAUUUCUGCUCAACAUCAUCGGGGUGCUGACUAUCACACUGUCCAUCAACAGCUGGAGUUUCCCCAUCUUCAACCUAGACAAAUUCCCAUCCUGGGCCAACUCCAACACAAGUCAAUGUUUUCCCAGCCUGCCCAAUUCCACCGAACCAGGCCUUUAGACUAGAAUACCACCUAGUUCUGAUGGGGAAAGCCCACUGGUGCCACUCCUCACAGCCAGGAGAGGGCGCUCCAAACGCCAAGUCCAGGGCCAGUGUUGGAGAGUCGGCCGGCGCAUGUGCAAUCGUGUAUUCCUGUGUCUGCAAAGUUCGUGUGUCUGCUGUUUCUCUGGGGUACAAAGGAAGAUGCUCGUGUUUCCGUACACUGUGCGGGGACGCGCGUGUGUAGUAUGGCCUAAGGGCACCUGGGUGGCUUUAU